AUAUAAGUGGGAAUGUCAAGGAGGUGAUGGAUGGCUCAGAUCACGUGAUAUGUCACUCCAAAUGUGAAACGUGGAGUGAACAGAUUGACUCCCAAACUGUGAUAUUUGAGCCGUACUGACAAUGAGAUCCAUUUUAUUAUUAUUGUUCUGCAUAUUUGCGAGAGCUCUGGCAGAAGAACUAUCCGCAGAGUCUCAGGAGGUCAUAGACGCUGUCAACUCUGCGCAUACAACGUGGCAGGCUGGGAGGAAUUUUCAUGGGUCUUACAAGAAGAACCAGGUGAGGAGGCUGUUGGGUCUUAAGAAGAGGGAAGGAGAAAGGGUUUUGCCAAUUCAGCGAUAUGAGCGAUCUCUGAAGGAUAUUCCGGACGAAUUUGAUGCAAGAAACGAGUGGUCAGACUGUGCCUCUUCUAUCGGUCACAUAUGGGACCAAUCCGACUGCGGCUCAUGCUGGGCUGUAUCUGCUGCAUCCGUUUUGACAGACAGGAUGUGCAUAGCCAGCAAAGCAAAGUUCACAGCUCAACUGUCAGCGAGGGAGCUGAUGACUUGCUGCUCCCACUGCGGUGAUGGCUGCAAUGGCGGCUACGACGACCAAGCGUGGAAGUACUUCCAUCACCACGGCAUAGUCACUGGCGGGGACUACGGGUCCCAUGAGGGUUGCCAGCCUUACCCACUGAAGCCAUGUGAGCACCAUGUCAACGGUAGCCGGAUUUCUUGUCCUGACAUGGGGAACCCUCACACUCCGGACUGCUUCCCCUACUGCACUAACCGCAAAUACAAGAAGCCUUUCCGCAAGGAUCACCACAAAACCAAGGAAUCGUACCAAGUGGAGUCCAUAGUUGAAUCUAUUCAACAGGAGAUUCUAAACAACGGACCUGUUCAGGCGGGGUUCACGGUAUACGAAGACUUCCUCAGUUAUAAAACUGGCGUAUAUCAACACGUAACCGGGGACAUGGAGGGUGGACACGCAGUGAAGAUCAUCGGCUGGGGGGUGGAGAACGGAACCGCUUACUGGCUGGUGUCAAACUCCUGGAAUACCGACUGGGGCGACCACGGCUUCUUCAAGAUCCGAAGAGGGGUCGACGAGUGCGGCUUCGAGAGCGAGAUAUCAGCUGGAAUCCCAGACUUAUCGAAUAUUUAGAACACAUUCGAACACUUUUAGAAAAGCCCUAAACAUAAAACGCAAAUCAAGGACACAUCAAAUAUGGAUUUUUAUAUCUUCACUCUCAAGAAAGUUUUCCCACAAUUUGUUCUGAACUAGGAAAUAAAUACGUAGAUUUUUCUUGGACUAAUA